UUUAUUUCUUAAACCCAUUUCCAACAAUGAUGACAAAUAAAUGUAAUGAAAAUCUUAUACUUCUACGUUUCAUCACACAUUUCUUCUACUUGCCAAACCACACAAACCGUCUUUUGUUUAUGUACACUUCUUACUACUCGUCUUAUAGUUCGAAGAUUUAGUCGAUUCUUAUCGUGAUUAUUGAUCGGUUCGACAAACUUUUAUCAGUUCGAUUUAGCUGUCACUUGUACGAACAGCUGGCGAAUUAAGAAUGCAGUGGUAAUUUUAUAUACUUUUAAUGAUAAAUUGUCGAUUAGAAUUCGAAUCAUUUUCUCAAACAGCAACACGAAUAGUUACAAUUAUUAUUAUUAUACGUUAAUAAGUCGGAAAAUGCGAAGAAGAUUGUUGUUGGAUGAGAACAGAAGCGAGGAUAUCGAUGUAACGCCGCAGAGAAGAUCUCUGGUGCGGCUGCCGCGGCUACGCUUGCUGGACAAGCACGUAGAGUCUGUAAGAACAUUUCAUUUAUUUCUAUAUACGCGGCCAUUCGAUUUAGGUAUUGUCAAGCGUGGGAACGUUUCAAGAGUUCGAGACUCUUGCUUUCCGUCCACCGUCAAUAAAGCGGAUCCUGGGUUCGCCUCGGAGCCACGACGUUAUGCGAUCCCGCAGGAUGUUUGCACGGGUGACAGGUUCAUUCGGAGCAAAUUCAAUGCAGACGCGUCGCAUUAUCUUUUAACAAGGAAAGCGGAAACCGUUCUCAAAGAGAAUACGUUGGACGUGUUAGAACAGGUAAAAGCGUUAUCGACGAAUUGGCGUAAGAAAUCCAUGCAUCAACUGAUGGAGGAGGGAAAUGUGAUUCCAGGCUUAGGACAAAGAAAAGUUCUAGGAUCCUUAUAUCGAUCAAAUAACAAGAGCGUGAAGAAACUAUCGGGGACACUAGCGGCGAGGCCUAAGGAACUCUGGAAGUAUGAAAAUGACCCAGAGAAUGGCAUGUGGUGGUCGAAGCCUCGAGCAAAACCACUGAUAGGUUCCAUAGAUUCUAUAUUAGAUGUUCCUGGGUUUCGAAGUGCGUCUCUUUCAAAUUUAUUAUUAUUCACUGGUACUAUAAAAAUGAGUACGAAUUCGAUUUGUUAUUAUUUUAGACAGGGGCCAGAUGAUGGAUUGGGGCUCGAACGAUGUGAUAUCGGCCGUGUCAGAAGACAUCGUCACGUUCUACGAUACUCGUGCUUGCUCCUCGGGCCAGACUUAAGCAACGUGGACAUAGGCAAUGUCCACGCAUUAAAGUGGAAACAGGCGGGUAGUAUGCUGGCCAUUUGCACGUCGUCCGAUGUCAAACUUUACUGCUGCGAAACGAAGAAAAUGAUUUGGUCCACGAAAUGUGAACAGGCGAUUCAAACUGACUUACCUUGUUAUGAUCACUGCGUCUGCUGGUCCGAAAACGAUCGACAACUACUAGUAGGUUGCAAUGGAAUGAUCACGUCGUACGAUGGCAAAACUGGGAAACCGACGAAUUCUUGUGAAACCGACAAGGAGGAAGUGCUGUCCCUCGCAUUUUCCUGCAACUACAAAUACAUCGCAGCUCAAAAUCAAAGUUUAAAAGGUUGCAAUGGAAUGAUCACGUCGUACGAUGGCAAAACUGGGAAACCGACGAAUUCUUGUGAAACCGACAAGGAGGAAGUGCUGUCCCUCGCAUUUUCCUGCAACUACAAAUACAUCGCAGCUCUCUGCGCCGAUGGAGCUGUUCGAAUUUUCUUCUGGCCAAGCCUGAUGAUUCACCUUUAUAUCUUCUAUUACGAAUACAUCAGCGCAAUGGCUUGGCAUCCUCGAGAAGGUGGACGACUGUGUGUCGGUUUCGGCGGUUGCCUCGGUCUCUGGAACGUGAACGAAUCAACAUUGGGCGCCACUUACCGCAAGGUUUCCUUCAAAGGGACGAUCGUGAACCUAGCGUGGAAUUCGCUCACCGGAGAACUGGUCGUACACUGGCACUACCGCAAGGAACGCGGCGGCGAUUGGUGCACCGUGAUGCCAGUUUUGGCUAGUCUCGAUCGCAUCGUCGACGUUCUACCCGUUGAGCAGGAAUCCAGAGUGUACUCCAUUAUGUGGAGUCCGGAUUACUCACAAUUAGCUGUCCAACUUGGUGAGCCGACGUCCAUAUGGAAUUUCUUUGGUAACGAGUAUCCAUGCCGUCACAAAGAAAAGAAGAAGAAAGAUGAGAAUAGGAGAGAAGCAAGGGAUAACAUGAAAAACGCAAACUUCAAGGACUUUCGAUUUUUCAAUAUCCGAUAGAAUAUUGAACAUUUUUAGUUGAUCGAACCGAUUUGUAUUUGGAUGUCAUUUCAUGUUUCAUUCUUAUGAAAUUAAAGACCUUUUAAGCAGAACUGGCCAUCAAGAGGCUAAUUUUGAUUGGUCUAAAAUUCUCGUCAAGCCCAGCUCAUAUUUCAAAUAUGCUACAUGUGCCAUCAACGUUAUUAA